ACUUGUCACUCACUGCACGGCAUGACGGGGGCCGGACCACACCUAAUUCUCAGAUUCAGUCAACAUGCGAACGGCUAUGGUCAGCCUCGUGAUCGGGGUACUGGUUCUCGUCGUAACCACAAAGCGUGCUCCUAGACCGGGGCAGUCCACCAAACUCAUGUUCCAGUGGUUGGACAUAGUCGAGUGCCCUGAACUCAAAGGACAAAACCUCAGCGUUGUGCUCCGCUACAAUAAGAACGGCGACGUGUACGCUGACACCGAGUGGAAUGUGGUGAACGCUGCGAAGAAGCUCGUCAAGCUGCGGCAGUCCGUGUCUUCGUGCCGCGACGACGGCACUAAUUGCGAGCACUUUGUGGCGUGGGACUUCAAAGACGGCUGCGCCUUCAUAGCGAACAGAAACGCUAUAUGGUCGCCAUGCUUCUCAAACAUUCGGCCUCCGUUCCUGUGUCCCGUGGCAGCGGUUCACUACGUCAACAAGAACUUCACCAUCGACAAGGAGAUCCUUAACGCGCUGCCUUUCCCGCGAGGACGUGUCUACAAGGACAGGCUAGAAAUGUGGAACGAAAAGGAAGAGCUAACGUACUGCAUCAUACUCAGUUUCACAUGGAAAUACGUCGCGAUCCGGGAUUAGAGGACGAUGAUGAGACAAGUUGUGGUGUGGUGGUAAAGCUGCAUAGCCUAGAGUUCGACCGCGGACCAAGGGGUGAACAACUGGGCUGAGCCGGGGACAGAGUACUAUAUUACAACGUAACAAAGGUAAUACAGGCAAUACGAAUAUCAAUGUAUUACAAGGUAUUACAGAUCAUACAAGGUAAUACAAGUAAUACAUGCUAAUAAGAAAUACAAGUAGUACAAGUACUGUAAAGUAGGACGGUGGUGUAAUAUAAGGCAUUACAAGUAAUAUUAGGUAUUGUGAGUAAUACACUGUAUUAUGAGUAAUACAAUGUAAUAUGCGGUAUUCAAGAUAUUGCAGAGUAAUACAAGGUAUUGCAGAGUAAUACCAGGUAUUACCGAGUAAUAUAGGGAAUUACAGAUCCUAAAUACUUGGAAUACUUGUAAAGCAAUGUACUAUACGUAACAUACGGAGUAUAAGUAAUAAAGAAAUACACGAUAACACGAUCAUGGUGUUACAAGGUAAUACAUGGAAGACACGAAAUACUUGGUAAUAUCAGGUAAAAUAGGGUAAUACAGGCUUUGGGCGCAGUGGAAUACACCAGUUGUUUACCCCUCGCCAAAGACUCCUUCCCCUAGCGCCACGCUGUUUGUCGCGUCUGUCCGCGAGUUAUUGAAUCCAUCGAAUAAUUGUUUCAAGCGGUUCUCGCCUCAACUUAGUCACUAUGUGGCUCAAAACAUAUUUCAGAAUCGCAAUUAUGUCGUUAACAGUGUAUAUAUGACUUAAACAUAUACAUGGCCUGGAUUACUAUAUGAUGUCGCCACAAGAACGAAUGGUAAAGGAAGGGGUGGCCAUCAUUGUGAGGCGUGAGGCGAUAAUUGUGGUUCAAUAAAUUUCUGCACCUAUUCU